UCUACUUAUAUGUCCUUUUUCAAGCCUGUGCCUGAUAUGCAUAAUUGUUCUCCAUAUGAUGGUCCGAGAAUUAUAGCUGAUGAGAGGCUAAAACGUGGAGCUGGACGUCCACGGUCCACUCGAAUACAAAAUGAAAUGGAUGCAGCUGAUAGGUCUGGCAAAUAUAGAUGUAGCAUUUGUAAGGUUUCAGGACACAAUAAGCAAAGAUGUCCUAAUAAGAACGGUGAAGGAACAUCUGGGUCUGAUGGCGCAGUCCAUCUUUCCCGGCCCCACUGAUCGCAGCGUUCUCACCCUCCAGGACCAGCAUCGGAGUGAGGAUGUCUGGAGGGGAGUAGCGGACACGGUACUAUCGUGUCGGUUGCAUCAUCACAGUCUCUAUCUUGACUGGGAGAUUCACGAUAGGGUUCUUCGGUAUGUCGAGCGUGCUGGUUUUCUCGGCAUACAUCGUUUGGUAGGGGGAGGUUUGGAGAUUGAUAGACCACUUCUGACGGCAUUAGUGGAGCGAUGGAGGCAGGAGACCCAUACAUUUCAUUUGACUGUUGGGGAGGCGACGAUUACUUUGGAGGAUGUCGCUGUUAUCCUUGGACUUAGAGUGCACGGGGCACCUGUUACUGGUCGAGGCGAGGGUAACUGGGCUGCAUUAGUUUUCGAGUUGUUAGGGAUUUGGCCCAACACACCGGAGAACAAGCCCAAAGUUCUCCAGGGUUCGUCUUUGAGAUUGACAUGGCUUCGACAACAUUUUUUCUUGUUGCCGAAUGAUGCUGAUGAGGUGACAGUACAGCGAUUUGCCCGGGCUUACAUUCUUGCAUUGAUGGGGUCCAUUCUUUUUGCCGACAAGAGUGGAGAUGCAGUCCAGGUUCUUUAUCUCCCACUUUUAGCUGAUCUCGACGUAGCAGGGACAUAUAGUUGGGGUAGUGCGACCCUUGCAUACCUGUAUCGGCAGCUAUGUCGGGCAUCACAGAGGGGUGCGAGGGAGUUAGGUGGCCCUGUGUUGUUGUUACAGAUUUGGGCAUGGGAGCACAUACACAUUGGCAGACCUCGGAUUUCGAGGGUGCGGGACCCACCUCCACAGUUUGACGAGGCCGUUCCUAUUUUAGGCUCCCAGCAUGUUCCGGGGCUUGACCCCUUAGCUGUCAGUUGGCUUCGAGUACACAUCACUAGGUCCCACACAGCAGGUGGGCUUCCUUACUACAGGGAUGCACUUGACCAUCAGACGGACGAGCAGAUGACUUGGCAGCCAUAUACUGAUGCGAGACUGGCGUUGUUACCUGCUAUAUGUCGAGUGAUCGACAUGUAUGGCGCACAGUGGCCCCACUUAUCUGUUUCGACAUUGUAG